CUUUACUUGUUCAACAAUACCUAAGUAGUACAACUAAUGUGGGAAAAAAAACUGAAAUGUAUUUUUGCAACGAGAAAGUUCGUGUAAGACUAAAUUUUUCUAUCAAAAGACGUAGAGUUAUAUUUUUUAGCAUCUGCCUUUCAGUCUUACUACUGCUUCUGAUUUAUUCUCCUGAUCGGACAUUAUUCAUAAGAGGACGACUGCUGAACGAACCACCGGUUUAUAAAUGCUGCAAGCCAACAAACAAUUCAAUCCGAACCAAUGUCUACUUCCUAAAAACUCAUAAAACCGGAGGUACGACUGUUCAAAGUGUCAUCACACGAUUCGCCAUAAAUAAUUCGCUCGAUGUGAUGAAUACAAAAUACGACACUUACUAUUUGCCAAUUUCCGAUUCGUCAAUAUAUCCCGAACUGAUGACACCCAAUAAUAAAUACAACGUGUUUGCGAAACAUGCUCGAUAUGAUUCAAAUUUGAAAUCGUAUCAAUAUCCUGAUACAUCAAUGGUGACAAUAUUGCGACAUCCGGUUACAUUAUUUCAAUCAUUAUACAUUUUUUUCCGUAUGGACAAGACCACAGGUAUGCCCUUUCAACAAUUUUUGAACGCAUCAGUCAAACCGUCAAUUUUGACAGGCUUCGAUAGCGAAGUAGCGUACAGAGGAUAUAAUCAAAUGAGCGUAGAUUUGGGAUUCGAUUUGACGCAAAGCAAGAAUACGACCGCUGUCACUGAAUUUAUCCAGAAAAUAGAUAGAGAAUUUGAUUUCGUUAUGAUAACCGAGUACAUGGACGAAUCGUUUGUUCUAUUAGCCAAUCUAAUGGGAUGGCCCUUAGAGUACGUCGCUUCUUUGAGAUUAAACAGCAGACUCGAAGAAUCAGAACCUUAUAUUUUGACAUCAUACGACGAAUCAACCAUAAUGGAUCUUAAUCAAAUCGAUGUUCAACUGUAUGAUCAUUUUUUGGAGAAAUUCCAAAAAUGUAAGCUACAAUACGGUGAAAAUGACCUGAAUCAACAAGUUCGACAACUGCAAAUGAUCAACAGAAACUUCAAAGAGAGAUGCGUAGCCGAAGUAGUUACGCGUUUGAAUAAGGGUGAAGUGGCGAGAAUCGAGUACGAGCCUAAAAAUCCAUUAGACAUGGAAUGUUUUUACUCGAUGCAAGAGUCACCUAAAUUAGCAAAAAUUACUCGCAAAAUACAAGCAGAGAAGCUGCAACGACUGGAAAAAAAGUAGGAUGGCUAGCAACGCGCUUUCGACUAUCCAAGUUUGUUUUAGAUGUCGCUGAACGUAAGCAAAAACAAAGAGGCCAAGGAAAUGUGAUUCAACGAUGUGAAAAUCAAUUAUAUUCCAAAAAUUUACACCUGAAACUGAAAAAAAUACUCUUCACGAAACGUGUAAUGGACAACUUUCCAAAGUUUUCAGUAGAGUCCAUUUAUACUUACUCAAUAAUCUUCUUGUUCUAAUUUCUAUAAUAGAUGUACGAGUACACUUUACUGACCCAAUAAAUCAAUCAACCAUCAUUCAUCAUCAUCAUUGAACUUUGACUCGGUGAGCUGUUCAGCCAAUCUGGGAAACUGUAGAAGAAUUGCUCGCCGAUGCGUCAUCAAGUUUUUUCUUUGGUCUUCAUCUGCCCCUCCUGCCAGUUGGAGUGUAUUCUUUGACUUUUCGAGGGGACCGUUCGUCAAGCAUUCCAUCAAUGUGUCUUUGCCAUUUCUUUCAGUACUCUUUCACCCAUCCAGUGAUUGACUCUGGUCCUAGCUCCUUCAGGAUGUCUUCAUUCCUGUUCCUGUCGUGUCUCAUAUAUCCUGCGGUGGCUCGCAUGAAUCUCAUUUCCUGUGUGGUCACUCUGCUUUUCAUAUCCUUUCUCAUCAUCCAUGUUUUGCUUCCAUACAGCAGCAUUGGUCUUGCCAGCGUAUUGUACAUUCUUAUUCGAGUUUCAGCUCUGACUUUUCUUGGAGGGAUGCCUUGAUUUAUCGCCACCCUUACACCCAGGAAUUUGUUAUUCUUGAGUUGUGCGUCGACCUCUCCUUCAUCAGAUAGCUCACACCUUAGAUAUAUUUAAAGCUUCUGACUUGUUCCACUGACAGUCCAUUUACAACAAUUUUACUGCAUAUUGGCUCUUUCCCCUCAAAGUCAAUCACCUUUGUUUUUGAUGACGAGAUUCUGAUUCUGUAUUUAUCAGCUACUUUCUGAAGGUUGCACAUCACUCUCUGCAAGUCAUCUUUGUUGUCAGCAAAGACCAUCUGAUCAUCAGCAAAUAGCAAGGUUAUUGACAUGUGUGUCAUUGAUGUCUAGCCCUCACUGGCUCAUCAUCAUCAUCAUCAUCAAAAGUUUCAUUUUAUGAUGUCCGGCAUGUUGGCCUUUAACGUCAACAAUCCAACAGAACUUAAAUUAACAAAUAACAAAAAUAUACCUAACAACAAAAUAAUCUCAACAAAAGUAUAGCAAAAUUCAUAAAAAUAUAACAAAAGUUCAACAAAAAUAUUUUGGCUUAGUUUUCAACCAUUCUUUAAGCAUGCUGUUGACGUAGAUGUUGAAUAGGCUACAUGACAUUGGACAUCCCUGUUGUUGAUGGGUAUGAUAAUUUUUGUACUACAUCCCUGUUGUUGAUGGGUAUGAUAAUUUUUGUACUCGUUUUAGUUGUAAAUUCGAUUAGUUUGUGGUAUCGAGUGCGCCACUGUUGUAGCAACGCACUCUAGCUUGCUAGUUACGAUGUCUAGUUUGAAUUGUUGUUGUUAUGAACUCGUUAUUAUGUAUUUAUACUCGAAUUAUAUACAGUCCACUGUUCGUGUUGAA